AUGUAUGAAGCUUGGCUCAAAGAUCCAUCUUCCGUCCAUAUUUCAUGGAAUGCGUAUUUUAAGAAUUUAAAGAAUCCACAAAUUUCGACAGCAUCUGCUUUCCAAGCGCCACCUCCAAUUAUAGGAACUCCACAGGGCACGCAAGGCGCCCCAGUAUGGUCUGCUCUUUCAGGAUCCAUGGAUGAUAGUGUGUCCUUACAUUUGAAGGUCCAGCUUCUUUGUAGGGCUUAUCAGGUUAGAGGUCAUUUGAAAGCACAUAUUGAUCCAUUAGGCAUCUCAUUCGGAGAUGAUAAGACCAAGGAUCUCCCUAAAGAAUUAACUUUAGAGUAUUAUGGAUUCAAUGAAGGUGAUUUAGAUAAGGAAAUAAAUUUAGGACCCGGUAUCUUACCAAGAUUUGCAAAUGAUGGGAAGAAAACAAUGAAAUUAAAAGAUAUCAUAGAAAAUUUGGAAAAAUUAUAUUGUUCCACUUAUAGUGUCCAAUACACUCACAUCCCAUCGAAGGCCAAAUGUGAAUGGCUUAGAGAUAGAGUUGAGAUACCUGAACCUUUUAAAUACACAAUAGAUCAAAAGAGACAGAUUCUGGAUAGAUUAAUUUGGGCAACAUCUUUUGAAACAUUUUUAUCUACUAAAUUCCCAAAUGAUAAAAGAUUCGGUUUAGAAGGAUUGGAAGCCGUUGUACCCGGUAUCAAAACUUUGAUUGACCGAGCAGUUGAACUAGGUGUUGAAGACAUUGUUUUAGGAAUGGCUCACCGUGGUAGAUUAAAUGUCCUGUCAAAUGUGGUGCGUAAACCAAACGAAUCUAUUUUUUCUGAAUUCCAAGGAACAAGCACUCAUAACCACAUUGAAGGAUCUGGUGAUGUCAAAUAUCACUUGGGUAUGAACUAUCAGAGACCGACAACUUCCGGCAAGUAUGUUAAUUUGUCCUUGGUAGCAAAUCCAUCCCAUCUAGAAUCGCAAGAUCCAGUGGUAUUGGGCAGGACAAGAGCUUUAUUGCAUGCCAAAAAUGAUUUAGAAAAUAAAACAAAAGCACUAGGUGUCUUAUUGCAUGGUGAUGCAGCUUUUGCAGGCCAAGGUGUAGUAUAUGAGACUAUAGGAUUCCAAACAUUACCUGAAUAUUCUACAGGUGGGACUAUUCACAUUAUUACAAAUAAUCAAAUUGGCUUUACCACCGACCCAAGAUUUGCAAGAUCGACACCAUAUUCUUCAGAUUUAGCUAAAGCAAUUGACGCACCAAUAUUCCAUUGUAAUGCUAAUGAUGUUGAGGCGGUUACAUUUAUCUUCAAUCUUGCAACGGAAUGGAGGAAUGAAUUCCACACAGAUGCUAUAAUUGAUGUUGUUGGCUGGAGGAAACAUGGUCAUAAUGAAACUGAUCAACCUUCCUUCACACAGCCUUUAAUGUACAAGAAAAUUGCGGAGCAACAAUCUGUUAUUGAUGCAUAUACUGAAAAAUUGAUUGAAGAAGGGACUUUUUCGAAAAAGGAUAUCGAUGAACAUAAAAAAUGGGUAUGGGAUCUAUUCGAGAGUGCCUUUGCUAAAGCAAAAGAUUAUGUACCAAACGAUAGGGAAUGGCUUACAGCGGCAUGGGAGAAUUUCAAAUCCCCUCUCGCAUUAGCUACCGAAGUUUUACCUCAUGAACCAACAAAUGUUCCUGCAGAGACUUUACAAAAUAUUGGUGAUACUAUAUCUUCGUGGCCUAAGGGAUUUGAAGUUCAUAAAAACUUGAAAAGAAUUUUAACAAAUAGAGGGAAGACUGUGACAAAUGGGGAAGAGAUUGAUUGGUCUACAGGUGAGGCAUUAGCCUUUGGCUCUUUGGUACUUGAAGGGCACAACGUCAGAGUAUCUGGUGAGGAUGUUGAAAGAGGUACUUUUUCUCAGCGUCAUGCUGUGUUACAUGACCAGAACUCUGAAGCUACUUACACUCCAUUGCAACAUCUAAGUGAUAAGCAAGCUGAUUUUUCUAUUUGCAAUUCCUCUUUAUCGGAGUAUGGUGUCAUGGGAUUUGAGUAUGGGUAUUCGCUAACCUCACCGGAAUACCUAGUCAUUUGGGAGGCUCAAUUUGGUGAUUUCGCCAAUACAGGUCAAGUUAUGAUUGAUCAAUUUAUUGCAGGUGGUGAGCAAAAAUGGAAACAGCGUUCUGGUUUGGUGCUUUCGUUACCACAUGGUUAUGAUGGACAAGGGCCAGAACACUCAUCUGGCAGGCUUGAAAGAUUCUUGCAGUUGGCCAAUGAAGAUGAAAGAUAUUUCCCAAGUGAGGAAAAACUAGCUAGACAACAUCAAGAUUGUAAUGUCCAAGUCGUAUAUCCCACGACGCCGGCCAAUCUAUUUCAUAUCUUGAGAAGACAGCAACACCGUCAAUUCAGGAAACCAUUGAUUUUGUUCUUCUCAAAGCAAUUGUUGCGUCAUCCAUUAGCAAGAUCUAAUUUAUCUGAGUUUACUGAUGGCGGAUUCAAAUGGAUUAUCGAAGAUACUGAACAUGGUAAAAGCAUUGGUACUAAAGAUGAAACAAAGAAACUUGUCAUAAUGACGGGACAGGUGUACACUGCAUUACAUAAGAAACGUGCCAAGCUUGGGGACACAAGUACGGCAUUUUUGAAAAUUGAGGAGCUACAUCCAUUCCCAUUUGCACAAUUGCGUGACACAAUCAAUUCUUAUCCAAAUUUGGAAGAAAUUAUAUGGUGUCAAGAAGAACCGUUGAAUAUGGGUGCAUGGUCCUUUGUAUCCCCAAGAUUGAUUACAACUUUAAAAGAGACUGAUAAAUACAGUGAUUAUAUUGUAAGAUAUUGCGGUAGGAAUCCAAGUGCCGCAGUUGCCGCAGGUUCUAAAGCCUUGCAUAACGCAGAAGAAGCAGCGUUCUUGAAAGAUGUUUUUGGACAAUGA